CCAAAACGUAAAAAUACAAGGAUCACCUGUUGAUUUGCACAGAUUUGUAAUUUGUUCGUAAGGAAAAAGUACACACAAUGUAAUUUCUAUUUAAAAAAUCCCGUCAAGAUGUCUAUAAGCAUGGACCCCCGGCGUAGUGACCAGGAUGUGUUACGGUGUGAUCUGUGUGAGACCCCGGUCCCCCUUACAGAGUGUAUGUACUGUGACAUCUGUGACAACUAUCUGUGUAGCCCAUGUGUAGGGAAGCAUCUUUCAGAUCUAUCCAAAGAACACAAAGUGGUGCCAUUUGAAAAACGGGGAUCUACUACGAAAUGUCAAAAACACUUUUCAAAAAUAUGUGAACUUUUCUGUGAACAAUGCAACAUUCCUAUCUGUGUAAAGUGUGCUUCCUCUAAAGAACACAUAGGUCAUGAAUUUAUUGACAUGGUGGAAACACUAGAAAACCAAAAAGAAAUCAUACUCAAUGAUUUACAAGAACUAGAAAAAUCAAUCUAUCCAAAAUAUCAGGAGAUUGCAUCUAUCAUCCCCGUUCAGAAAGCUGAUCUGAAUGAAAACUCAAAAAAACUUACAAAAGCUAUUGAGAAACAUGAAGAAAACUUGCGGAGAGAAAUAGACACCAUUAUCAAAAAAAUGAAAUCAGAUCUUGAUGAAAUGGACUCUAAACACUUGGCUUUACUAAAUAAACAUGAAAAUGAAAUCAAGCGCACAAUUUCUGAUAUCAAACAAAGCAUUGCUGAUCUGAAGAAGUUACUUAACACCAAUGAUGUCAGUCUCGUCUCUGCCUACAAAUCAAGGAAUGCUGAAUUCAGAAGAUUGCCUCCUAAACUCAAAGUUAAAUUACCAAGUUUUACUCCUAAAAAAAUCAACAAAGAACAUAUUUAUCAACAGUUUGGUUCUCUAUCAGCGUUAUCUAUCAAAACAGAAGAACGCGGAUACACAACAGAUUAUCCGGCUGCUGAGUCCUCUCCCCUGAACAGACAGUUCAUUGAUGAACCACGGGUCGUCAUAGAUAUAAACACUGAGUUUGGACGUGCUAAUCGUUUAUUCCGUGUGUCCUGUCAGAUUGAUGAUGAAAUUUGGACAUGUGGUAAUGACAGAAAGAUGAGAGUCUACAACUUACAAGGCGAACUAGCGAAGUCAGUCCAAACCAAGUCAGGAAACAGGCCAGAGGACAUAGCAGUGACAAGGAGAGGCGAUCUAGUUUAUACCGAUUACAAUGAAAGAACUGCGAAUAUAGUGAAGAAUACACAGAUACAGACAGUGAUAAGACUACAGGGGUGGAGACCUAGUGGUGUCUGUAAUACCUCCUCCGAUGACCUCCUGAUUGUUAUGGACAGUGAAGAUGGUAAACAAACAAAAGUUGUGCGUUACUCUGGCUUUGCAGAGAAACAAAGUAUUCAGUUCAAUGCCCAAGGACAACUUCUCUAUUCUGAUGGAUUAUUUAACUCUAAAUACAUUAGUGAGAACAGGAACCUAGAUAUAUGUGUGUCAGACUGUUACGCCCGUGCAAUAGUGGUGGUCAAUCAGGCUGGGAAACUCCGGUUUACCUACACUGGUCCACCCUCUACUACCAAGGGAUCUUUUAAUCCACGCGGCAUCACAACAGACAGCCAGGGUCGGAUCCUGAUAGCAGAUAGUGACCACCACAAUAUCCAUAUCCUGGACCAGGACGGACAGUUCCUCCGCUACAUUGACAACUGUCAUUUACAAAAACCAUGGGGUUUAUGUGUGGAUACCAGAGACAGCCUUUUUGUGGCUGAGUUAUACACACGUAAAGUGAAGAAAAUACAAUAUUACAAAAAUCCAUCAAGGUUCCUGAGCAUGGACCCCCGACGUAGUGCCCAGGAUGUGUUACGGUGUGAUCUGUGUGAGACCCCGGUCCCCCCUACAGAGUGUAUGAGCUGUGACAUUUGUGACAACUAUCUGUGUAGCCCAUGUGUAGGGAAGCAUCUCUCAGAUCUAUCCAAAGAACACAAAGUGGUGCCAUUUGAAAAGCGGGGAUCAACCAUGAAAUGUCAAAAACAUUCCUCAAAAAUAUGUGAACUUUUCUGUAAACAAUGCAACAUUCGUGUUUGUGUUAAGUGUGCUUCUUCUAAAGAACACAUAGGUCAUGCAUUUAUUGAAGUUGUGGAAACACUAGAAAACCAAAAAGAAAUCAUACUCAAUGAUUUGCAAGAACUGGAAAAAUCUGUCUAUCCUAAAUAUGAGGAGAUUGCAUCUAUCAUCCCAGUUAUGAAAGCUGAUAUGAAUGAAAACUCCAAGAAACUGAUAAAAGCUAUUGACAAACAUGGAGAAGACUUGCACAGAGAAAUAGACACCAUGAUCAAGAAACUGAAAUCAGAUCUUGAUGAAAUGGACUCCAAUUAUAUGACUGUACUAAAUAAACAGGAAAAUGAAAUCAAGCGCACUAUUUCUGAUAUCAAACAGAGCAUUGCUGAUCUGAAGAAGUUACUAAACUCAAAUGAUGUCAAUCAUAUCUCUGCCUAUAAAUCUAGGAAUGCUGAAUUUAGAAGAUUGCCUCCUAAACUCACAGCUACCUUACCAAAAUUUACCCCUGAGAAAAUAAACAAAGAACAGCUUCAUGAACAGUUUGGUUCUCUGUCAGCGUUAUCUAUCAAAAAAGACAAACAUGGACACACAACGGAUUCUCCGGCUGUUGAGUCCUCUCCCCCGAACAGACAGUUCAUUAAUGAACCACGGGUCAUUACAGAUAUAAAUACUGAGUUUGGAGGUGGUUUACGCCAUGUGUCCUGUCAUAUUAAUGACGAGAUUUGGACGUGUGGUGAUGAAAAAAUGAUGAGACUCUACAACUUGCAAGGCGAACUAGUGAAGUCAGUCCAAACCAAAUCAGGGAACGUGCCAAAGAAUAUAGCAGUGACAAGGAGUGGGGAUCUAGUUUAUACUGAUAGAAAUGAUAGAACUGUGAACAUGAUAAAGAAUACACAGAUACAGACAGUGAUCAGACUACAGGGGUGGAGACCUCUUAGUGUCUGUUGUACCUUUUCUGGUGACAUCUUGAUUGUCGUAAACAGUGAUAAUAAUGAACAAACAAAAGUUGUGCGUUACUUUGGGUCCACAGAGAAACAUAGUAUUCAAUACAAUGACAAAAAACAACCUCUUUUUUCAACAAGUGUCCCUAAAUUCAUCUGUGAAAACAGGAACCUAGACAUCUGUGUGUCAGACAGUAGACCUCAUGCAGUAGUGGUGGUCAACCAGGCCGGCAAACUCCGGUUUACCUACACUGGUAAUAUCUCUAGUACUACCUUGGGAUGUCCACGCGACAUCACUACAGACAGCCAAAGUCGGAUCCUAAUAGCAGACAGUAACAACCACUGCAUCCAUAUCCUGGACCAGAACGGACAGUUCCUCCGCUACAUUGACAACUGUCAAUUACAGACUCCAUGGGGUUUAUGUGUGGACUCCAGGGACAACCUCUUUGUGGCCGAGCUAUACACAGGCAAAGUGAAGAAAAUACAAUAUUACAAAUAA